AUGCCUUCCAAGGCAUUCACCUUUUGCUACACCGCAUACAGCCUCGUCACCGUCCCGGCACGGCUGGUGGCCGUGGCGAUUUACAACAUUCCGAGAUUCCUCCGGCCCAAUGCUGCUUGGUCAUACAAAACAGCAUGUACGUGCAGUGCAUGGGCUAUGCUUAUGAAUUAUUGGACGAUUAUUCAGAAACUAUGGCCAAAACCACUGGAAGCAGGCUCAUUGGGAGACCGAUUCAUUGUGCUCAAUCCCCAAAAGACCAUCACCACAAAGACCGAAGAAGAAGGCCAAGAACAACAAACCCAAACCGAAGUCUACAAGGGAAUCACUUGCUCAGUUCCGGGAGUUGAGCCCCUACCCAUUGGGGCUGUCUGGUUCCCGGAGGCCCCAGCUAAAACUCCACAGCGACUAAUUAUUCACUUCUACCCGAGUGCCUAUGUGAUGUUCGGUAGUCGUCCCGGGGAAACUGGCGAUGUAGGCCUCAAUGAAUUUUGCAAAAUGUCCGGAUGGCCAGCGCUUGCCAUUCAGUACCGCUUGUCUCGGGAUAGGAAAACCACAUUCCCUGCGGCCCUCCAGGAUGGAAUAACUGCCUACGUUUAUGCUCUCGAGGUCCUUAAGAUCCCAGCAUCUCAGAUCGCAUUCGCUGGCGACUCCGCAGGCGGCAAUCUCGUCGUGGCACUGCUCCGCUACAUCAAUGAGGAGAACCCAGCGCUUCCGUUACCUCGCUGUGCAAUUUUGUCGUCUCCUUGGGUCGAUCUAAGUGUUGAAGCUAUUAAGAAUGUGCCCCUGAACCGCAAUUACAAUACCGACUUUGUCAAACAGAAUUUCCUUGACUGGGGCCGGAAAGCUUUUACGCCUGAGGGGUGGGAUAGCAGUAACUCCUGGAUCACGUUUCUAGGUAAUGAGACUCAGCUGGGUAUCCCUGUCUUUGUCAAUGCUGGUACAUCUGAAGUUCUUUAUGACGACAUCAUGAAGUUUGCAGAGAAUUUGACGAAGAAGGGUAAUGAGGUUGAAGUGCUCGAAACUCCCAACGCAGCCCAUGUUCCUUAUCGGCUGGGUAAGAAUUGGAACCUAGAAGACGCUCAGGCCAUUUGCUUGGCUACCAUGACUAAAUUCCUCGAGAAAACCGGUGCUUAA